GUUUGUCCUGCAUCUGCAUUCUGCACCAUCCAUUGUCAUUGUGCAGAAAAGACAUCGUCAAUUUAUCUUAACCCAACAAUAAACUAAUCAUUUCAAUGUUUUGUUCAUUUGGAUGAUACAUAAAAGAUAUUUCUGUAGUUUCUUGGUUCAAACAAAACCUCUCCAAAACCCCCACUUUCAUAUCUGUGUUAUCCUCUUCAAAAAGAUUCAAACUUUCUGAUGACCCUUUGAAUUCACACACACCCAUUUCCUUCAAUUCAAUGGCUUCUCUUCUCAAACCUCCACAACCCAUUUCCUCACCCCCCUCCAUUACCAAACUCACCUCUUACCCAAAAACAUUCAACUUCUUCAUUUUCAACUUCAACUACCCUUUUCACCAUAAAACCAUCAAAAAGCACUUUGUUCUAGCAAGACCCUUUUUCCCUCUCAAUGCAGCCUACACACAAGGACUCUAUGUCCCUUCUCCACCCUCCAAAACUAACAAAAUUGAGCUUGAAAAUGACCCUAUCUCAGUCCUCAACAAGAGAAUUCGUCGCGAAUACGGUAAAAAAGAGGUUACAAGGACUGUUAUGGACUCUGAGGAAGCUGAUAAGUACAUACAAAUGGUGAAGGAACAACAGCAGAGGGGGCUUCAAAAGCUUAAAGGUGAUAGAGAGAGUAAAGAUGGUACCAUUAGUUAUAAGGUAGACCCUUCUACACUUCGUUCUGGUGACUAUGUUGUGCAUAGGAAAGUUGGUAUUGGAAGGUUUGUUGGGAUUAAAUUCGAUGUUUCGAAGAAUACAAAUGAACCUACUGAGUAUGUUUUCAUUGAGUAUGCUGAUGGAUUGGCAAAGCUUCCUGUUAAACAGGCUUCUAAACUGCUUUAUAGAUAUAGUCUUCCAAAUGAAAAACAAAAGCCUAGGUCAUUGAACAAGUUGCAUGAUACUAGUGCUUGGGAGAAAAAAAAGAUUAAAGGAAAGGUUGCAAUACAGAAGAUGGUUGUUGACUUGAUGGAACUCUAUCUGCAUAGGCUUAAACAAAGAAGGCCUCCCUAUCCUAGGAGUCCUGCCGUGGCUGAAUUUGCAGCGCAAUUUAAUUAUGAACCUACGCCGGAUCAGAAACAGGCUUUUAUUGAUGUUGAGAAGGAUCUGACAGAACGAGAAACUCCAAUGGACAGAUUAAUUUGUGGAGAUGUUGGUUUUGGUAAAACUGAGGUUGCGCUGCGUGCUAUCCAAUGUGUUGUCGCAGCUAAAAAGCAAGCGAUGGUUCUCGCACCGACAAUAGUUCUAGCAAAACAACAUUUUGUUGUUAUUUCAGAGCGCUUUUCUGUAUAUCCUGAUAUUAAAGUUGGACUGCUUAGCAGAUUUCAGAACAGAUCAGAAAAAGAACUGGCCUUGGAAAUGAUUAAGAAUGGUGAUCUAGAUAUUAUAGUUGGGACUCAUUCACUCCUAGGAAACCGUGUUGUUUAUAACAAUCUUGGCCUGCUUGUGGUCGAUGAGGAACAGAGGUUUGGUGUCAAACAGAAGGAGAGGAUUGCUUCUUUUAAAACUUCCGUGGAUGUACUUACUUUAUCUGCAACCCCUAUACCACGGACUCUUUAUUUAGCUUUGACAGGAUUUCGCGAUGCUAGUUUAAUUUCAACUCCACCGCCAGAAAGAGUUCCUAUCAAGACUGAGCUUUCAUCAUUCAGUAAGGAGAAAGUAAUAUCAGCCAUCAAGUAUGAGCUGGACCGUGGUGGUCAAGUUUUUUAUGUUAUGCCAUAUAUUAAAGGACUUGAAGAAGCGACGGAAUUUCUUGAAGAGGCAUUCCCCGAUGUGGAAAUAGCCGUUGCCCAUGGGAAGCAAUUCUCAAAGCAAUUAGAGGAUUCCAUGGAGAAGUUUGCUCAAGGUGAAAUAAAAAUCCUUAUCAGUACAAAUAUAGUUGAAAGUGGGCUUGAUAUUCAAAAUGCAAACACCAUCAUCAUUCAGGAUGUUCAACAAUUUGGCCUUGCACAGUUGUACCAGUUGCGUGGAAGAGUUGGGCGGGCAGAGAAGGAAGCUUAUGCAUACUUAUUUUAUCCUGAUAAGAGUAUGCUCUCUGAUCAAGCCGCGGAGAGGCUUGCAGCUCUUGAAGAAUGCCGUGAACUUGGUCAAGGCUUCCAACUAGCUGAGAGAGAUAUGGGUAUAAGAGGUUUUGGUACUAUUUUUGGCGAGCAGCAAACUGGAGAUGUUGGAAAUGUUGGCAUUGAUCUUUUCUUUGAGAUGCUCUUUGAGAGCUUAUCCAAGGUUGAAGAUCACCGUGUUGUAUCAGUUCCUUAUCACUCGGUGCAGGUUGACUUAAAUAUCAAUCCUCACCUUCCUUCAGAAUACAUAAAUCAUUUCGAGAACCCUAUGGAAAUUAUUAAUGAAGCUGAGCGAAACGCUGAGAAAGACAUUUGGAGUCUGAUGCAAUUUACAGAGGAUUUUCGCCGCCAAUAUGGCAAAGAACCUCACCCGAUGGAGAUUAUCUUAAAGAAUCUUUACUUGAGGAGAAUGGCAGCUGAUAUAGGGGUAACUAGAAUUUACUCUGAAGGGAAGAUAGUGUUUAUGAAAACAAAGAUGAGUAAAAAGGUUUUCAAAAUUAUGAUAGAGUCAAUGACAUCGGAUAUAUAUAAAGAUUCAAUGGUUCUUGAGGGGGAUCAAAUUAAGGUUGAACUUCUAUUAGAGCUGCCAAAAGAACAACUUCUUAAUUGGAUCUUUAAUUGCAUGGCUGAACUUCAUGCUUCGCUAGCAUCCCUCAUAAAGGUACUAGUUUUUUGCCUGUUCAGUUUCACCAACAUUGCAUGACAUCAGAACAAAUUGAGACAAUUAGUUGACACUAGUGACAGUGCACUUCUUUUUAUGAUGAUAUAAAAUCAGAGCACAGAGCCAUAAUAUGGUUAGUUACAAGUUACAAGCAGCACCUUGGUGUUGUCGAAGUUGUGCUUCUGGUUUGCAUGCAUUAUAAAUGACAUGGACACAAAAUACAAGAAGGCGAACAGUUACGACCUGAUUAGCUUCAAUCUUGCACUUGUAAAACAACUUCAAGAGCUACAUACAAAUGACCUAGAGUUCUCAUCCAGUAAAACUUUAAUCAAAAUGUGGAUAAUUUACCAUUUGUAUGCGUCGAGGAGUAAAGCAUUUUACUACCACACAUUCUUUUGGUCAUUUUUGUUGCCUGUAAGGUUUCAUUAGUUAAUUGAUCUAGAGAAAUUCAAUGUAAAGAUUGAGUCACAGUUUAGGUAAUACAUAAUGAAUGGGCAUUUUUGUUGCAUAUUAUUAAGAAAAUUCCUAUUGUUUAUAA